AUGGCGAAAAUUUACGAGCGAUCUGUGGUAACCCUAGUGGCUGCUACUGCUGCUGCUGCAUCAGAAGGCUUCUUAGAUUCACGAGACUUGUCUAGGACCUGGGUCAGACCACCGAUUCUGUUAAAAUGCCAGGACGAGGCUGGAAUGUUCGGCCAACUAGUGCUAGAUGACUUAAACUCCAGCGAGGACGUGGAUCCCCUUGAUAUGAGAGGAUGGACGCUACAGGAGAGACUCCUCUCUCCACGAACUCUGGCUUAUGGCACGAAGACCCUUCGAUGGUCUUGUCUUUCUCGCUCAUAUCGUGAUUCUGAGCUACAAUACUCUGAAAAUAUUGAAACCAGCUACCUCACAAGAGGUGCCGCAGCUUUUCACAACAUCAGCCAAAUUGAUGAUAUAUGGGAAACUAUUGUGAAGCAAUACACUGAAAGGCAGCUCACCUUUCAAGACGAUAAGCUUAUGGCUCUAGCUGCGGUGGCUGAGCGUUAUGGCUCUGGGCAUAGGAUAUAUCUUGCCGGCCUAUGGAAGGAUACUAUUCAAAACAUGUGGGCGUGGCAUUAUAGGUCAACCUCCGGGAAUCGCCGUCCAAGGAAAUUUCGUGCUCCAUCGUGGUCCUGA